AGUGCCACGUGUGACGAUGGAAAUCACAAAUUCCUACGAAGAAGCCCAAUUUCCCUUCCCCCCUGCUCAGAAUCGGCGAUACAAGGCAAAAGAAGAGAGAUAGAUCAUCUGCGCGCAAAUGGCAACCUCAGUCACGAGUUCAGUUUAUGCCCUAAGGCCGUCCUCCGCCGUCACCGGGAAGAAAACCGCCGCGAGGGGGCUGCCCUCGCUCGCCAGAACCACCACGCUAAGACUCGUUGCCAGCGCCGGCGGCAAGAAACUCAAGACUGACAAGCCUUUCGGUAUAAAUGGAGGAUUGGCCUUGAGGAAUGGUGUGGAUGCCUCUGGUAGCAGGACCAAGGGAAAAGGCGUGUACCAAUUUGUUGACAAAUACGGGGCUAACGUCGAUGGAUACAGGUGAUGUGUGUGUGUGCGCGCGCGCGCGUGCGUGUGUGUGUUGUAUACUUGUACCUAUCAUACAAUGCUUAGCAGAUAGUGGCGGAGCUAAUUAAGGUCAAUGGGUUGCACUCAACCCCAUGUCCUAAUGAAAAUAUCAAUAUGCUCACAAUUUUUGUAGUGAAAACUUGCAUCCCUUUCUAUUGGACCCCUUAAUUUAAACUCAAGUCCAAUUAAAUUUGACCCAUAAUCCAAAAAAAGAAACCCAAAUAUUUCAGUGGCUAUUCUUUUAAUGAAACCUUUCAAAGAUCUUAACAAUCAGAAGAUCCCUCAGCAAUCUCAUGGAGUACUUUAUUAUGAAAACCAAUAGAUUUCAAGGGCUCAGUGUUAACUGUUAACCAAACUUUUAAUUAUUUGUUAAUAUUGGCUGAGUUUUAUCUUAACUAUAUUAGUAUUUUAUUGCAUUUCGAUGAUAUUGAUGUACAUUGGUGCUCCUCACAAUAAAAAAGUACUCGCUCCGCCACUGUGUGUGUAUAUAUCAUAUACGUGUGUGUGUGUACGUGUUACCAGAUUAAACGAUUUCAUGUAAUUGACACUUGGUGUAAUUUCAGUCCCAUCUACAAGGAGGAGGAAUGGUCUCCCACGGGUGAUGUUUAUGUUGGAGGUACGACGGGAUUGGCGAUAUGGGCAGUGACGCUUGCCGGUCUUCUUGCCGGAGGUGUCCUUCUGGUUUACAACACCAGUGCUUUGGCACAGUAAAACAUAAUUUUAGCUUCUUUUGUUUCUAGCAAAUUAUGCCUCUGAAUGAAUUGGGGUCUAUGUAAUUGCAUGUUCAGAACCAUAUCUUAUACUACAUUUGGUGUGAUAUAUAACAUGUUUUGUAUGAAAUGAAAUUGCUCUAUAAUUUAACAUGAAACGAAAAUAGGCUAACAAAGUGAAUAAAGUUUGACCCAAUGAAUAGUGAACGGGAACUUUAUUGUUCGAGGAAGUGCGUAUUAUUCUUAAUCUAAUGACGCACAACGAGUCAAUAUCCCCUCUACGCUUCGAGAACCUCGGUAAACUUCACCAUGACUCCAAUCCUAAAUGGUUUGCUCUUCACCAAAAAUGAGUGGGCAUACAAAGGGAAUUUUGUCAAAAAAGUAGAGAAUGUAAGUGAGAGAGGGCCUCGGGAUUCAGGGGAAAUGUUAGUGUCAGGGAAACAUGUGAAAACUAUUGAAUUUAAUUGAAUUUUACAAUAGCCUGUGAUUAAUUUAUCAGCUUUUUGAAUGUUUGUGUAGGCAUUUAUAUGCAGAGCUUGAAAGAAUCCGAGGAAGAGGAUAUGUACAAAAACGCAACUAAGAUCCAUGUAAUAAGAAAUAAAUUACUGAAAAAAAUUAAUAGUUAUAUAAACAUUUUUUAAAAAGAUUUAAAACAAUAACAAUCACGUGCAAUUUUCAAAUUUAUUUUUGUCGCUCUAGAGUUCCGCUUGAGUAGCCAAAUUAUAUCGUACAUCGGGAUGUUGCCUAUUUUUAUGUACAUAUCCAAUGAGUAUCAUAAACUCGUAAAUAUAGAAAGGCGGAAAGGCAUGAUAAGAGAUAGAAGAGCUUGUUCUCUCCACCUGAUUUGAUUGGAAUAAACUAUAAUCUAAAUAUAAUUAUGUUCAAAGGAAUAUUUGCACCGAAUAGUACUAAAACUUAAGUCAUUUCCCUAAAUAGCACUUAAGCUGUUUUAUUCCCUAAAUGACACUUAAUAAUGUUUAGAAGCAGGAAUAAUAUCUAAUGAUGACGAACAUUAACUUGAAUAAUGACUAAGGGAUAAU